AUGGACGCCGGGGAAUAUGAGACAAAUACCUUGUUGAUUAGUAAUCUGUCCGCGAUCUCCUUUCGAAUUUAUGAGCCGAUCGCUGCGCCAUUGUCGACCUAUACUUUCAACGCAAGCGAUGUGGAAGACGCCCUUCGCAGCGAUGGCCAUCUCGUCUACAUGGACAACGCCCGCCAGGGUAUCUGGUGUUUUUACCUCUCGUCAGGGUCCCUUAGUUCUGCGGCUCAGUCGGAGCGACUCGGUCUACAUGCGAGGAUGGAGGUUUGCGGUUACCCGUUGGGCCUGGUCCGGGAAAGCAACCUUGAGCCCGUUGGGCUUCUUAAAAAUAGGCCUCUCGUCACAAACGCGAUCAACACCCCAAGCAGCUCGUCCUCCGCCGGCUCCGCCCUUGAUGCCAACGCCCGUGGCAACCCUCCUUUCAACUUCUCGCCGACGCCUGUAGCUGCAGAUAGCAAGGUUCCUUCAACUCCAACGACCGACGCCAAAGGAUAUUGCGCAGUCCCCGCCACGGAGAUCUACGAGUUUUUUAUCACAGCUGUGUUGUCAUCGCUGACGGCAUACUUUUGCCGCACAGUUGGGGCCAUCUUGCUAAACAAGCGUUCAGCUCUACUACCUCCCCAGAUCUUCAACGCCGACGAUGCCGACUGGGGGUCACUCGUCAUCUCCCUUCACGUAUCUGCGAUCCGUGGCAUAGUAUCUUCGGCCGACGUCCUACGCUCGAGUUUAUUACACGCCGGCCCAAGUGUCCUCGCUGCGCCGUUUGGGGCGUUCGGUUCGGUUCAUGGAGUGGUUGACACCGAUAACCAAAUUGUCGACGGCGGGCUGGGCCAGUCCCCCGACACACAAGUCAGCCGCUUUCGGCCAGAUCAUGGCGACAAGUUCCAGCAAUUGAAGACCACAUGCUGCAAACUGCUCCAGAUGCGCGGCAUGUCGGCGUCACUGCUCGACGGGUGUUCCUGGUUAAACAUACACUUGCUUCAGAAGCGGCCGUACGAACAAAGGAUAGAUGGCAAGCGAACGCCGCUCGUUGGCCCGGGUACGACGGCCCCAUGGCCUGCCGUGCUCUGUUUUCGGAAGCCCAAGAUCGAAAUGAUGCUGGAUGCCUCAUAUGAGAAGGCCUUGUCGGAAGCUGGUGCUGAGAAUUCAGAUCCGCUGAACCGGGCAAAGUCAUGGUACCAAGGCGCCUCCGAGAGGGAUGAGGCUGCUUUGAAGAAAAAGAAGGAGAAAGAGGCCGCUGUCGCACGCGACCAUGCGGAUUUGGACGCGAAGGCCCAAUUGCAAACCAACGGGUACUCACCCGUGGCUCUCUGGCGCAACCCUGUGAACGGUGGGCCUUCCGCUCUUGGGACUAUGUACCCAACACCUCCCGAUGGGAUCCAGCCAUCCGGAGUAACACCCUCGUUUGACAGCGGCGUCCAAGGCCAAAGCCCAGCCGGUCAGCCAGCAAAUAACGGACUCAAUAACCACAAUAUCACAACACAGCAACAAGGGGUGGGAGUAACUACUGGCCCGGAAAACUUCAACGGCAACUGGGAUGGUGUUGAGGCAAAGCCCGAGCAGGCGGUUGCUGCUAACUUCCCCGAUGAAAACCUAUUUGGAGACUUGGGUGAGGACAUGUUCGAAGGAAACGAACUGACGGACGCCGACUUCAAUUUCUUCGAUGAACAUCCGGAUUCCAAUGAUAUGGACCUUGCUUCCCUCACCGAAGCUGGCUCCUCUUCUACCGGGGCGCUCCCAGGGAACGGAAGCCACAAGUUCAACGAACCGCCCCAGGCUGUCGUAUGCACAGAGGGCAAACCAGAUGUCCGACCGCCCUCACCGAAAUUCAUGAAGCCUGAGCUUAGGCACGCUCGCAGUAUAUUAAGCGAGGAAGGUCGACGCCAAACUAAUUUGGGAAGCUUUAAUCGUAAUUCGGCGGUGGGUGUCAAAAGACACCCCAGCCCUUUCAACCCCGAGACGGUCUACAAACGCAUACGAUCCUCGAUUCGUCGGCCGACGCCCGUGGUCUCAACGCAGCGAGGGAAUCCCCAGCGCCGCAGCAUUUUCGAAGGAGUGGACUUUGAUCCUGAAUUGUCGCCCGCCAGCAAAAAGUACGGGGCCAAGGGGCCGUUCGAUUACACCUCUACGGCACUCAAGGAGAAGGAGAGUAAGGCGUUGCAUAUCCGAACCAACCCUCUCACGCCCGGCCAACCGUUAGGAUCCGCCAAGCUACGCAAGAACUUAAAGGAUCUCCCACCCGACAUCAGUUUUAUCUUGACAAAGCUGGCUAGCAAGGGCAGGGACUCGGGACUUCAAAACAACCUCCUUUUAGAAUCGGACGACGACACUUCAGGAUCGUCGGAUGAAGACACUGGCGACCAGGUGACCCAAGCCGCCUCUCCCACCAAGUCGAGUGCGAUCCGAAGACGCCCCGAGGACGACGUUAUUUCCAUGGCUGCCUCGUUUCGGGAGCUGGAAAACAUACCCGCCGACUCUCCGGGCUAUGGCCCUGUCGACCUAUCCCGACUGUCCAAUGCGGAAAUCCCAGACUUUUCCCUUGCCAAAUACUUUGCUGACCCGGAGCCAGCCCCGAUCCGGGUGUCCUCCUCGGACGACGACUUUAUCACCGUGGCACAAGUUCUCACCGAACAAGCCGCAACCGGGUUCCUCAAGCUCGCGCCGCGGCGCCAGAGCUCCGAGGUCCAGGAUGUGCAUCGAUGCCUAAUCAAAGCCAUUCGCUACUCGAUCAAAGGGCUGCAGAAGGCUCUGCCCCGUUCGCUGAUGGGGGCCGUGGGAUGCCAACUUCGCCCGUUUACCGAAGUGCAGGAUGUGCCGCGGCUGGUCCAGCCCAAUAGCCGCGUCCAGAUGCGAGCGGCAGAGCUUCCCAAGCCCAGUAUCUAUUCCAUCCCCACACCCCACGUCGAGCUCCGGCGAUGGGAGAACCAACUCUCGGUGCUCCCCUCAGCCGUCUCCUUCUGGGAUACGCUGGGUCUGGGGCCCGUCCAAGGGCCGAAAGCGGUCGUUGCCGUCUGUGUUUUGCCUCAGACAGACGGCAUGCGGGACAAUGCGUCUGCAUUUUUGGAUAGGGUCCAAAGUACGUACGAGUCACUGAGGCUAGGUGCCUUUGAGAGGCUGCCGGCCGUGGGCGGCGUCGAGAGCGGCCUUGUCCUGCUCCCAACCGACCGAGAGGAUAUCUCUCCCGGUCUAGAUUUGCCUCGCUCCCGCUCGGCGUAUGCCGACCAGAUGACGAACCUGGCUGUGUCGCUCUCUGGACUGUCGAUGCUGGAGAAGAAUUUUGUCGUGUACUUUUCGUACACCCCAGAGAACCCUAGCUCGAUUGUGGAGUGCUGUGCUGCGUUCCAAGAGCUCUUUGAGCACUACAAGCGCUGCAUGAUGGACAGGAAAAAGCACAUCUCCAAUGAGUUGGUGCUCCAGCUUGUGCCACUCGAUGCUGUGGCGUCAGAGACAUCACUCGUGGUCCUCUCGCCGUCGGACUGCGCCCGGCUCUGCUUGGAGACGUACGACCGAUGCACACUCUUUGGCGGGCCCAUGCCCUCACCGGCAAUCAUGCUUGAGCGAGCGCUUCCUAGAGUGAUAGAGUUCAAGCCCUCCCCUUCGCCAUCGCCUAAUUUGCUACGGGAAAACUCGUGCAUCCACGUUGCCUACGGGCGCAGCGUCGAUGAACGCUGGGUCACGGCCGCCUGGACAGACAACAGGGGCAGCACGCAGUCCACGGCCUCGUACUGCCUGGGACGCCGGGACAAACCGUUGUCGAGGGCCAUCGGAGAUGUCAUUCACGAGAUCUGGGAGACCACCCACCAACUUAUCUCCAGGUGUAAAGUUCACUGGCGCAUCAUCAUAGCCAAGUGCGGUCCGAUGGACCAGCAUGAGAUGGACACCUGGGCCAGCCUCGCCCAGUCCGACGCCCGCGUCAGCCUCAGCCUACUCCUCCUCACCGUCGACACCGACCCAUCGCUCCAGCUGAUCCCGCCUACGCCCACCAUCCCGCUCUCGGCCCCCUCAGCCUUUUACACAACUCCUGUUUCCACCCCUCAACCGUUUUCCGUCCUCUCUCCGGACCAAUCCGGGAACCCAUCUACACCACUAGGCACCACCGCCCCCUACAUCGGCGCCACGACCCCCGGCGGUGACUCCUCGUCCCAGGCACAACAACAACAACAACAACAGCAGCAGCAGCAGCAGCAGCAGCAGCAUCAACAACCCCCAACAGAAACCGACGGCGAGGGCACGCUCAUUGACACGACCGAAACAACCUGGGGCGUAGUCCUCUCCCACCGUCUCAACAACUCGGCCUCCCUAACCGACUUACGCCCGGCGCUGGCGAGCGGGUACCUGGUCAAGCGCAGCGGGCCCCGCGUGGAAGACGCGCCCGUGGCGAUGGAGGUUAACGUGGUGUACAGCGACAAUGCGCGGGUGAAGCACGACCCGCUGCUGCGGGAGAUGCUGUCGUAUUUCAGGGGGUUGGGCACGUUGGCGCGGGUGAGGGGCGUUACGGAAAGGGAGACGGAUGUGAGGCCGUGGCAUGUGGCGGCUGUGGAGAAGGCUGUGAGGGCGUUGUAUCUUUUGAUGUGA